UCAGCUGACUUAUUGAAGUGAUCACAGUGUUCCUGUUGAUAACGAACUCGACCCAGAGCCGGAUUGUCUGCAUGUGCAAGGAUUCUGAUCUUCACGCCUCAGUAUAAAUCCCGCGGAUAAUCUUCCCUAGCCCCGUUUGUCAUCAUGUAUUAUGUCACUGGAUUAUCAUUGGUGAUGGUAAUUCUGAUAGAAGACGUGUUGUUGUGUAAUGUACAAUCAGUUAUGGUGUGUUUUGAGGGAUUCGAAUUUAAAGCUGCGAAUGUGUGUCUGGAAUUGAAAAAAUUUGAAGAUUGUGUGGCGCCAUUAGCCGACAAAUGCCAAGAUGAUCCAGUGUACAACAUGCAGGUUAACCAACUGAAGAUCUUUAAGCCAGCGUGUGGGGGUUCUUCCGGUACGGUCUGUGACGUCAUGGGACUUCAGAAGUGUAUGGCUGAGGUAGAGUAUGCAGAAGGCGCGGAUCUACGUGACAACUGCGCGUUCUACCCGCGCUUUGAUGAGUGCACACAACCUUUGAUAGCACAGUGUGGCGACAAUGACCCGCAGUAUAUGAACAUCAAAAGCAGCAUUGACAGCUUCCAGCGUGUCUGCGCAAGCUCAGACCUUGCUUCUGCACAAUGUGAUCUUCAAGCUGCAUUGGGCUGUCUGGCUGGCUUUCAACAGCUUGCUGGGUCGACCGAUGUGGCAGCAACAUGCUCGAGUUUUCAAAAAAUUAUGACUUGCCUUGCGCCCCUCAAGGAGGACUGUAAUUCGGAUGCAACCUUUCAGAGUAGCAUGACCGCGAUUAAUGCUGUGGAACCAAUGUGUGCAGGUGGUGCCGACUGUAUCGGACCCAUACAGAACUGCUACAAGGAUGCUGGAUUGGACACAACAGGAACCAGUAUGCCUGAGCCAAGCUGUGAAGACGCCAAGACUCUUCAGACCUGUGUGAAGGGCUUAAGUACUGUGUGUAAGGGGAACUAUGUGUAUGACCAGAGCAAGACCAGUCUCGAGGAAGCCGUAGCCAAAUGUACAAGUGCAGGAACCCAGGCCUUCCCCUCCUUUGUCCUUCUCCUGGUUGCUGCCUUGAUGACGUUUGUAAAGGCCUUUUAAGGAUAUUAAUCAACAUGCCUACCUCUGGUGGAUAUAAGCAGUCAAUAAAAAUUAGUAAUACUAUUUUGGAACUAGGAUAAAAAACACGUAGUUAAGCAAUGUUGGAGAGAGAUCAUAAAACACAAUUUUGAUAAGGAAAUUAUAUGAACAAUAUGAUUUGGGCUUUUUGUUUAACAGUUCUCAAGCACGUAUACUUGUUUGUUAGUUAAUCCUUUACUACAGAAUGAAUUGUUUGAAAAAUAAAGAGCAAAUGUUUUAUUAUACCGUGUUCCUUUCAUUUUACUGCUGAAAACGUCACGUGUCCAUUGUGCUUGUAGAAAAUUAUUUUCAUUUAGAAAGUGUUUGAAGAUUAAACAUGGUGAAAUACUAGUAGCUUAAGAAAAACGUUAUGCAGUAUUUCAAUGCAUAGAAGUUGAUGUGUUUGUAAAAAGUUGAAUUAUAGGUUUAAAAGGUUUCAAGUAAAACUUAUAAUUAAAAUUGAAUUUUUUACUUUUUCAGAUUCGAUUACCGAAUUUGAAAUGUUUGGUUCAGUAGUUUUUUGUAACGGUUAGUUUACUAUAUGAAUGUUGUGUAAAAAUGACUGAAUGAUGUCUUAAAUGAAUGUUGUAUUCAAUUCGUAAAUGGUGAAUAUACAUAUGGUGUAUGUUACUUCCAUAGCGUUGGGUUUUAAUGGCUACAUUUGUAUGUUUUAGUUAUUGUGUUUAUGAUGAUGUCUUCCAGUCGUGAACAAAUCACAACAAACAAGCGGUAUGUUUAAACAAACUGCCUCUCUCCUAAUCAUACAUCUACAGGUAUUAUCAUUAUACUUUGAUUAUGUUCAUACUUCAGCUAUUUGCAUUAUUAUACUUUUACUUACUUUUUGAUACAACAAUGUUACAUUUGAUUAAAACCAUACAAAUGGGUUUUUAUGAAUCAAUGUUUGGUUUCUCUUUCAUUAUUGGAAAAAGUCUUAUUAGUUUUUUGUCUAAAUACUUUGUUCAAUAUUUACAAAAUAAAUGCUUUUUUAGGAAAUAAACUGUCGUAAAGAUCAAUACAA